AGCGCCCGGUGAGGGGCGACGCCUCCAGGAAAAACGGAGGAGGUGCAGGAAGCUGACCUUGGCGCAGGCCGAGUCCUGGAGAAGGAAAAAAAACCAACCUCUCCGGCUCCAGGCCACCAGCGAUGGGAGACGGCGGGUCGCACUGCGACGAGCAGCUGGGUGGUUUCAGUCAGCACAAGGCGGACGUGAAAGCCGGCGAGACGGCCGCCGCCGCCGCGGCCGCCUCGGCCCAGGACAAUUGCAUAUUCUGCCGAAUCGCAGGGCAGAAGGACUCGAACACCGAACUCCUAUACUGUGAGAAUGAAAAUCUUGUUUGCUUUAAAGAUAUCAAGCCAGCAGCACCUCAUCAUUAUCUUGUAGUGCCAAAGCAGCAUAUUGGAAACUGCAAAGAUCUAAAGAGAAAUGAUAUAGAACUGGUUGAAAGCAUGGUAAGUGCUGGAAAAGCCAUUCUUGAAAAGAAUGACUUCACUGACUUCAACAAUGUAAGAAUGGGCUUCCAUGUGCCGCCAUUCUGUUCAAUUCACCACUUGCACCUUCAUGUUCUGGCCCCAGUAGAUCAGCUUAGUUUCUUAUCAAGAUUGAUCUACAGAGUGAACUCCUACUGGUUUAUUACAGCUGAUCAUUUGAUUUCAAAACUAAGAACAUGAAAAUGUCAACACGAAGAUUUUCCUAAUCUAGAUUCAACAUAAACUAAUAUUUUGGUCUCUAUGAAAUUUAAUUGGAAGGCAUUCUGAAUUUUAUGAGGGGUUAUUUCUGGUUUUCUGAGUAUCUUUACUGAAAUCUGUAACACAGCUACAUGAAUAUUUAGUCAUUGACUUUUUUGUUUUAAUUGUUAACUUGUCCAAAGUAUAAAAUGUAGAUAUAAUACCAUUAAAACAAAUUCUGCCUAU